ACAGGCAGGGAGUAGGUAAGUGAGAGCGGCACGGCCUGGUGGUUGUCUUAGUCCAAACCUGAUCCCCCCAACACUUGUCAGGACUCAGCUGUCAACAUGGUGGUAGUGGUGGCGGUGCUGGUGCUCAUGCUAGGGGCCCUAACUUCAGCACAAACCUACACAGGUUGUCGUGUGUGUCAGGAGUCGUGUGUCUCUGUGCCUCGCUCAGAUGGUUCCUGCCCAGUGUGUAUCUGUGAUGGGGUGGCCCUGGCAGACUGUCCCGCCAAUGUGACACUGGAGUGUGCGCCAGGCUGUACUGUUGGACCAGGACCCGACGGCUGUGGUGGCUGCGACUGUCCCCAGCCUGACCCUGUGGUGUGUCCUGCCCUCCAGUCAUGCUCCUCCGACUGUCAGACAAUCUUGGAUGACAACGGGUGUCCAGGAUGUGUGUGCAGCACCCCGAAGGUCAGCUGCCCUCCCGUCACCUGCCAUGAUGGAUGUACUAUGGAUUAUGACGAAGACGGUUGUCGCCGGUGCCGCUGUGAUGGUCCUGGCACCUGUCCAGCCGUACCUAGAUGUCUUCGUGGGUGUAUCAACAGGGACGACAACAGUGGUUGCUUUUUAUGUAACUGUACACUCGUCCCUAAAAAUCCGGUUGCUGCUUUUGAGCGCACACCAACACCAUUUGGUUUUGAAAUGUCCCCAUUUGAGCCAGAACCUCCAAGCGAAUUUCCGUUGAGGCCGGAGGUUUCAGUAGGAGCAGCACAACCAAAUCAGAACUCCUUCGCUGGUCCAGGAGCCCUGGGUGGUCCCUGGCCCCGGUGUCGCAAUGGGCAACGCUUACGAUGCCCGCCUGGAUGCCGUAUCGCCGUGGGUCGCCAUGGAUGUCGUGAGUGUUACUGUGGCGACGACGCACAUAUCUGCCCUAAGGUGCCCAGAUGUAAGAACCUCUGCCUGUUUCUCAGCCCCGGGGACAGAUGCUGCAAGUGUCAGUGCUCUCAACGACCACAAAAUGUAGGUUUUGGUGUCAGCGUAGGAAAUGGUUCGCCAUUCCCUUCCUUCAUGCCAUUCGGACCGUUUGGGCCCACCAGACCGAACAGUCCUUCCAACAGACGCACAGGAGUUUUGGGACUACCUUUUCUACCACCAUUCCUGGACAACGACGACACCAUCUUUGUUGAGUUCUUCUCGGACACAGCUUCUGGUAGUCCCUCAGUGGCGGACCCUUCAAACAGGCCAACCAAUCCGUACGAUGCACCGGGAUAUCGAAGACCAAAUGAUCCUUUCGCUGUUCCAUUUCCACCAAGACUUCCUGCCCCUGCACCAGGAUAUCCUGCCCCUGUACCAGGAUAUCCUGCCCCUGCAACAAGAAAUCCUGCCCCUGCACCAGUAAAUCCUGCCCCAGCACCAAGAAAUCCCUCCUUUGCACAAAGAAAUCCCGCUCCUGCACCAAGAAAUCCCGCCCCUGCACCAAGAAAUCCCGCCCCUGCACCAAGAAAUCCCGCCCCUGCACCAAGAAAUCCCGCCCCUGCACCAGGAAAUCCCGCCCCUGCACCAAGAAAUCCCGCCCCUGCACCAAGAAAUCCUAAUGUUGCACCAGUGGAUCCUGCAGCUGCACCAGUAGAUCCUGCAGCUGCACCAGUAGAUCCUGCAGCUACACCAGUAAAUCCUGCAGCUGCGCCAGUAAAUCCUGCAGCUGCACCAGUAAAUCCUGCAGUUGCACCAGUAGAUCCUGCAGCUGCACCAGUAGAUCCUGCAGCUGCACCAGUAGAUCCUGCAGCUACACCAGUAAAUCCUGCAGCUGCGCCAGUAAAUCCUCCAGCUGCACCAGUAGAUCCUGCAGCUGCACCAGUAGAUCCUGCAGCUGCACCAGUAGAUCCUGCAGCUACACCAGUAAAUCCUGCAGCUGCGCCAGUAGAUCCUGCAGCUGCGCCAGUAGAUCCUGCAGCUGCGCCAGUAGAUCCUGCAGCUACACCAGUAGAUCCUGCAGCUGCGCCAGUAAAUCCUGCAGCUACACCAGUAAAUCCAGCAGCUACACCAGUAAAUCCUGCAGCUGCACCAGUAGAUCCUUCAGUUACACCAGCAGAUCCUGCAGCUGCACCAGCAGAUGCUAAUGUUGCACCAAUUGCUCCUGCUGGCACAGGUGUGGAGUAUCAAACAGCAGUGUGACUCCGAGUCCUUCCCCGUCCAGCCGCCUCACCCCUCUUGUGACGCCCACAACCUCACCCACAAAAUCGUCUCCUGGUAUAAUUUGUACAUUUUCCCACUUAAGUCACAUGUCAGUCAGGCUGUUUUAAUGGAUCGUAAGUUUUGAAUAUAAUCACUUUUUUUCUGUACGAUUUGGCAAUAAACUAUUGAGCUAAA